AUGGCGCAAGCUAGCAACUUGGCGCACAAACUCCCGACACCGAAAUUCCUCAGCCCUAAUGAUCUAAAUCCUAAAUCUUCUUGCUUGCCAGCAUAUUCUGUGUUUUUUGGCUCAAAAAAUAUUAAAAGUUCAUCAAAUUGUUUGAGGGUUUCGAGUAAAGAUUCAAGUUUUGCAGUAAAAAAAAAUAGGUCAGUAAAGGUUAUGGCUUCAGUGGCCACCGCCGAGAAGCCGUCUACGGCGCCGGAGAUAGUGCUGCAGCCCAUCAAAGACAUUUCCGGUACCGUCAAGUUGCCGGGAUCAAAAUCUCUCUCUAACCGCAUUCUCCUUCUCGCUGCCCUCUCUGAGGGAACAACUGUUGUCGACAACUUGUUGAACAGUGAUGAUAUUCAUUACAUGCUCGAAGCCUUGAAAACACUUGGGCUAAAUGUGGAAGUAGACAAAACAAUCCAGCGAGCAAUUGUGGAAGGUUGUGGUGGUAUAUUUCCAGUUGGUAAAGUACCUAGUGAUGAAGUUCAACUUUUCCUGGGAAAUGCGGGAACAGCAAUGCGCCCAUUGACUGCUGCAGUUACUGCUGCUGGUGGAAAUACAAGCUAUGUACUUGAUGGGGUUCCACGCAUGAGAGAGCGACCAAUUGGUGAUUUGGUCACCGGUCUUAAGCAGCUCGGCGCAGAGGUUGAUUGUUUUCUGGGAACAAAUUGCCCGCCUGUUCGUGUAGUUGGAAAGGGUGGCCUUCCGGGAGGAAAGGUGAAGCUCUCUGGAUCCAUUAGCAGCCAAUACCUGACUGCUUUGCUGAUAGCAGCUCCCCUUGCUCUAGGAGACGUGGAGAUUGAAAUCAUUGACAAGCUAAUUUCUGUUCCAUAUGUAGAGAUGACUCUUAAGUUGAUGGAAAGAUUUGGCGUCAGUGUAGAGCAUAGCGACAGCUGGGACAGAUUCUUGGUAAGAGGAGGUCAAAAGUACAUAUCUCCUGGAAAUGCUUAUGUUGAGGGUGAUGCCUCAAGUGCUAGUUACUUCUUAGCUGGUGCAGCUGUUACUGGUGGAACCAUUAGUGUUGAAGGUUGCGGGACAAGCAGCUUACAGGGUGAUGUUAAAUUUGCUGAGGUGCUAGAAAAGAUGGGUGCCAAGGUUACCUGGACAGAGAACAGUGUCACUCUCAAAGGGCCACCUCGUGAUUCGUCUGGGAGGAAACACUUGCGUGCCAUUGAUAUCAACAUGAACAAAAUGCCAGAUGUUGCCAUGACUCUUGCUGUAGUUGCACUUUUUGCUGAUGGACCCACCACCAUAAGAGAUGUGGCUAGCUGGAGGGUCAAAGAAACUGAACGGAUGAUUGCCAUAUGCACGGAACUUAGAAAGUUGGGAGCUACAGUUGAAGAAGGGCCAGAUUACUGUGUAAUAACUCCACCGGAGAAACUAAAUGUCACAGCAAUAGACACUUACGAUGAUCAUAGAAUGGCAAUGGCCUUUUCUCUUGCUGCUUGUGCAGAUGUUCCGGUCACGAUUAAAGAUCCCGGUUGCACUCGUAAAACCUUCCCGACUUAUUUUGAAGUCCUCGAAAAGUUCUCAAAGCAUUGA